AUGGAAAUCACUUGUAUAAAGAAUUUAAUGUGUCCAUUAGUUGAUGAUAUGAGCGACGUUGCCAGAAUGAGGAAAAUAAAAGGAAAAUCAGUUGAGGGUGUUGAUGAUAAUAAAAUCAUUCUCCGCUGGCAACAAAAAUGGAAUGAUUUAUUUCAAAUGAAUAUAAAUAAGCAAGACAAGAUUUCAGAAAAAAAAAGUUUAGAAUGUUGUCUUGACAGAUUUCAAAAUAUUUGUCUAUCUAGACAAAAAAUAAUUGGCAACACGUUAGAUACAUACAUAAUUACCCCAAGUCGCCGUUUGCUUCAUUAUUCUCAAGUUUCACAAACAUCAAAAGUUUGCCAAGAAAUUUAA